AGGGACACCGGCAUCAGUAGGACGUGAGAAGAUACACAACCGUUGGACAGAAAAUAAGCUCGAGGUAGCUGUCCGCUCAUUACGGUGGGAACAAUACCGUCACGGCGGAAAGAGGUCGUAACGCGAGGCCAGCCAAGUUCAAACAAUCGUGAGUUAGUUUAAAUUUAAAAAAAAACAAAACAAAAAAAAAAACAGUUCGGUUGCAAAACAGGAAUUAAAAGUGAUAACCAUAGCUGGCGACGUCCACUUUUUGGUGAGAAGCUGUCAGCUGCCAGGACUUUCCUCCUUCUCCUCCAGGAGCACAUUUUGUAUUGUUUUGUUUGUUUACUCAUUUAUUUAUUUUUAAAAACACACACACACACACACACACACACACACACACACACACACACACGUAAACAGUCGAGCCAGUUGUAGUAGUAUCCGUAUACGCCGAGGAGGAGGAGGAGGAGGGAGAUCGCGGCUGGGCACAAAGAGCGGUGAGCACCCAGAGAGAGGAGGCUGGCGGACGGGACGGAGCGGAGCGGAGCGGCGAGGACAACAACGGGGACCCGACCGAGAGCAUCUUUCUGAUCUACGCGGGCUCCAUGAGUGAUUUUAACUAGCGGAAUCCCCAACGCCGUUUAUCGACCAAAAAGGACUUGUCCAGCAACAGCUGGUCCUCUCCAGAAAUACCUGCUCCUGAUCUGUUCAUACCCCCCCACCCCACCACCCUCAGGUCCUGCAGCCAUCACCUCCACUUUGUACCGAUGAAGGAGGCCGACGCCAUCAAGUUGUUUGUGGGGCAGAUUCCUCGGAAUCUGGAGGAGAAGGACCUCAAGCCCAUUUUUGAGCAAUUUGGCAAGAUCUACGAACUGACCGUGAUUAAGGAUAAAUACACCGGGAUGCACAAAGGAUGCGCGUUUCUGACGUACUGCGCACGAGAGUCGGCCCUGAAAGCCCAGAGCGCUCUCCACGAGCAGAAAACACUACCAGGGAUGAAUCGGCCGAUCCAGGUCAAACCAGCUGACAGUGAAGGCCGAGGAGAGGACAGGAAGUUGUUUGUGGGCAUGCUGGGAAAGCAGCAGAGUGAUGAGGAUGUCAGAAGGCUGUUUGAGCCCUUUGGCAGCAUAGAGGAGUGCACCGUUUUGAGAGGACCAGAUGGCACAAGCAAAGGGUGCGCCUUUGUGAAAUUCCAGGGUCAUGCCGAAGCCCAAGCUGCAAUCAACAGCCUGCACGGGAGCCGCACAAUGCCUGGAGCGUCGUCCAGUCUGGUGGUGAAGUUUGCUGACACGGAGAAGGAGCGGGGGCUGAGGAGGAUGCAGCAGGUGGCCUCCCAACUCGGCAUCUUCAGCCCCAUGACCCUCAACUUUCCUGCCUACAAUGCCUACACGCAGGCGGUCAACGCACAGCUUGUCCAACAGCAGGCCCUGGUUGCCCAGUCAGCGUACUUGUCUCCUGUCGCAACAGUUGCUGCCGUGCAGAUGCAGCAGAUGGCGGCACUCAAUGCCAACGGAAUCAUCGCAACACCCAUCACACCCAUCACACCGUCCUCGGGUACAAACACUCCACCAACUAUCGCAGCAACACCUGUGCCAGCUAUCCCUCCAGCAUUAGGAGUGAAUGGUUACAGCAGCGUGCCAGCUCCCACCAAUGGACAGCAAACAGAAACGCUGUACACCAAUGGAGUUCACACAUACCAAGCCCAGAGUCCAGCUGCAGCUUUGGACCCUCUUCAGCAAGCCUAUGCAGGCAUGCAGCACUACACAGCGGCGUACCCCACUGCCUACGGAUUGGUUGGGCAGCCGUUUCCCCAGCAGCCGACACUGGUUGCUCAGCAACACCAGCAGCCCCAGCAACAGCAGCAAAGAGAAGGUCCAGAGGGGUGUAACAUCUUCAUCUACCACCUGCCACAGGAGUUCAGUGACUCUGAGAUGCUGCAGAUGUUCCUGCCCUUUGGCAAUGUCAUAUCGGCUAAAGUGUUCGUGGACCGAGCUACUAACCAGAGCAAAUGUUUUGGAUUUGUGAGUUUUGACAACCCUGCCAGCGCUCAGGCUGCUAUCCAGGCGAUGAAUGGCUUUCAGAUUGGCAUGAAAAGACUCAAAGUGCAGCUCAAAAGGCCCAAAGAUGCCAACCGCCCGUACUGAGUGAUGACGGAGAGAAGAACAAACAAAUACGGAGAGGCGACCUCUCAGAGUCCAACUGAAGGUGAAGUCCCAGGGUUCAUUGUGCUUUCAGACUGUCUUCUACCUGUGAGCGUCUGCGGAGAGCUGCCACACAAACACACACUGACAUACGCAGAGAUACCCUUAAUUGUGAACCUCAAAGCUGAAAUGUAUAUAAAAUGCACAAAAAACAAACAAACACAUGCCUGCUGACACUCACUCAAAACACACACACACACAGUUAACAAAAAUUACGUAUCCGUACAGCCAAAUGCUUGGUUUGACCACAGUCUGUAUGGAAAAGGGUAUUUAGUACAACUAAGAGAACUCAGACCACAUGUGUAGGAAAGGCACUGAUAAAAAAAACAAUGAUAUAUCACUUCAGUAGACUUUAACAUGUCUAUUCCAUGUCUAUUACGUGACAAAUAUAGAGGGAUCGUUGUUUCAUAAUAAAAAAGAAAGAAAAUACAGAAAAAAAGAUGGCUAAAUGAGUAGGCUAGCAAGACUUUGGAAAGGAUCCUAAUGAGCUGUAUAUAGUUUAGUUUACAAAGAGCAGCAUUUAAAAAAAACAAGAAAACAUGCAAAAAAGAAUACUACUUUAGAUAAAACACUGAACAGAACACUGCAACAUAACUAUUAUUAUCAUUAUUAUUCUUAUUAUUAAUACAACUAGUGACAUCAUCAUUCUUCAUGAGAAAGCUAUUACAUUCCAAAUUGUAAAAUGGGGAAAUCACAAACCUAUUUUAAAUUUCUACUUAGAUUUUAGGUGAAACACAGGGGAGGGGGCGGGGUUGCACUUUUAUUCGGGAGGUUUUAAUAAUUGAGCUAUUUUUUAUUUAUUUAUUUACUAAUUUAACAAUUAUUUUGUUUAUCGGGAGAAAAUGUUUGAGUGGCAAUGCAAUAUUUUGGUUUUAGGAUUUUCUAGAGAAAAACUUUUGAGAGCCUGUUUCUGUCAGACUCUUACAAUCGAGUAAUUAUAAUGUAUCUAUUAACUAUUACAGCAAUUAUAUUUAUUUCUUAUUUAUUGAAUCCUGUUUUUUGAUCCACUCUUUUUAAGUUUAAAUAAAAGGUAUCAUACUAAA